AUGCACGUCAUCCACAAACUAUCCGAUGAUGUUUAUUCGGUCGCCAAUUUACUAUCUGAAAAGCAGAAAACCUUGUCUUUGAGCGAAUUCGCAGCAACAUAUGGACAUGGAAUGGUGGGAAGAUUAGGGGUGACAUUGGCUUUCCAGCAGAGGCUUGCGCUCAUGCAACAAGCAGUGCUUCCGAUGAUAUUUCCUGAACAUUACACGCACUUAUUCCCAUCUGUGAGUCCGGACCUUGAAGCAAUACCAAGAUCUUUCGCCGUUGCCGCGAUGCCCUUGCUUUGGAAACAUGAUUCGGACCAGAAGACGAUUAGUCUAAAGGCUUUUUCUCAAAUGGAUCGAGAAAUUCAUGGUGAAAAUCGCAAGAAUAAGCUGGAUGUGUUGCUCGAAGAACCAUCCCCUUCUGUGGAAAAUGUUUUUCCCUGCAUAAAACGUGCAAAGAUCUAUUCAACAAAUACUGCGCUUGAACAACAUCGGUCUACACACAUACUGGACAAACACUAUGAAUGCAAGCAGUGUGGGAAGACUUUCAAGAGAUCAUCCACGUUGUCGACCCAUCUUCUUAUUCACUCUGACACGCGUCCUUAUCCAUGCCAGUACUGCGGAAAACGGUUUCACCAGAAAAGCGACAUGAAGAAGCAUACAUAUAUUCAUACAGGCCACCUUCUAGGAGAAAAGCCGCACAAGUGCACAGUUUGUGGAAAAGCUUUCAGUCAGUCGUCGAAUCUGAUCACACACACGAGGAAGCAUACAGGAUUUAAGCCAUUCGCUUGUGAUGUGUGCGGACGAAGUUUUCAAAGAAAGGUCGAUCGAAGACGACACACGGAGACACACCAUCCUGAUCAAUUCAAAGAAAUAGAUGGCGAGCACGCACUUUGA